AUGUCUCAGCAACAUGUACCAGAGGAUAUUGAAGUCACAGAGAGCGGCUCCACAAGCUUUGAUUCUGACUCUGACAACCUGUCAUCAGACUUGGAUGAGGAGCUCAUGAAGGUCUGCGCUGCUGUUGCGUCUCCACCGGAUGGUGCUUCGAUUGCAGACCUUCAUAAGGCAAGUGCUGUCUUAAUCCUUUCCAGGUGUGUUGCAGGCUCUAAGUUGAUUAUCCAGGCGCUUGAAACUGCACAAAAACAUCUGUUGAACAUGCGAGGCCGGCAGCAAGAGCUUUUGAAGUGGAAUGUGCUUCUGGAGACUUCAUACUGGCAUUGA